AUGAAGACAGCAGAGAUCAGAUUCUCUCUACAGAGACCUCGACAGCACACAGAUCCAGCCAUGGCACCUACAAUCACUGCACCAAUGACCAACUCUCAGGAGCAUCUGACUCUGACCCACAAGCUCAGAAAACCUCUGGUGGAGAAGUUACGCAGAGAGCGAAUCAACAGCAGCAUUGAGCAGCUCAAGUCUCUGCUGGGUCCAGACUUCCUCAAACAGCAGUCAGACUCUAAGCUGGAGAAAGCAGACAUCCUGGAGAUGACAGUUUGCUUCCUGACACAGCUGCAGCAGCAGAAUCAACAGCAGAGAAGACUGCUGAACCUCGUCAACAAGCUGCAGUCUUCCUCUGAGAAGAACCUGAUGGAGGCUGACUUCUCUCUCCUGAGCUCCACAGUCCAGACCAGCAUCACCAAAGAGAUCAGGCCAGUCAACAGCGCCCUCUGGAGGCCGUGGUAGACACUUACAGACUGGACUUACUACCAGACAAACUGAGAUGACCAUGUUGGUCAAAGAUUACUGCAACUGAAUUCUAUGAAAUUUAAGGACUUGUUCUUCUGUAUGAACUGAAGGCUGUAGUUUGUAUUUUGUGCGUUUCUUUGUGUAAGAUGAGAUUUCCUAAUGGAAAUGACAACAACAAUAUCUUUCAAGUUAAGAAAGAGAACAUCUUGUCAUGCAUGUUGCAUGAAUCAAAUAUAAUUGCAUCAGCAAUUAUUAUUAUCAUACUUCACCAUACAUCAUGUAUCGGUGGUGUGUAAUGCUAUGGUAACAUUUGUUAUCUUUUGAUUGGUAUUGAUCAUUUUGAUAAAAAAACUACUGAGCGUCCUUUUUUAUGGACAUAUUGUCAUAAUUGAUGUUUACGAUAUUUUAAUCUCUCUGAUUAUUCAAAACUGAUCUGUUGUAAGGUCCAAAUGUUUAUUCUUUUUUUAAAAAGUUUUGCUAAAUAUCACAAUUUUGCUGUGAUAUGUCUGUGCUUCACUGUGUGUCAUGUAUUGGUAAAAUAUAAUGCAACAGUGAUAUUUGUUGCCCCUUCAGUACUAUUGAUCAUUUUGAUCAAACAUCUUAAUUGUCCUGUUUAUGGACAUUUUUUCAUGAUUGACUUUUUCUCACUUUAUGUGAUUAUUCAAAACUGAUCUGUUUUAAGAUCAACAUGUCUAAUCUUUUUAUUGUAAAAGGUUUCUUUAAUGUCACAUUGUCACAGUUUUCCAGUGACAAUAUAAGUUUUACUUUAGAGAAUGAACUACAUUUUUUGGUUAUUAAGAAUCUGACCUGUUGUGGUCAAUUUUAACAGUUUCUUUUGUUCAGUAAUCACAAAAGUUUAAUCCAUUUGGAAAAAAACUCUCAAAGGAGAGUGACUACAGUGUCCUCCAAUAUUGUAAACUGUUUGUCUUUUAUAAAGACAGUUGUUCCCUUACUCUCUCUGAGUACAGUGUGUCUUGUAGGAAUCUACAAGUUGUUGUUGUGAUGUAUCAUCACCUCUGGAGCUUUCAUACUUG